AAUGCUGAAUUAUUGAUGCCCUGUAGUGAUCAUAUACAAAAUGUAUAUAUACAGCUGUACCAUUUAUGAAAAAUAAAUUAUAAUUGAUUAUUUUAAAUAUCUAUUACAGUUGCAAUAGAGCGAUAUUUUGACUCUAUUGCUCAAAAGCAGCAUAAAGAGAAGACGGGAAAAGUGCAACAACACAAAUCCAAGAUGGUCCUUUACAGUAGAAGAAAAAGGAAAUUACAGUGGAGAAAAUCUAUGGUUGAGAGAAAAAGUGGGUGGGAUGAGGUGAGGAAAAGAAAGAUCACAGAAGCAUUAGAAUUAUCUUACAUGUCCUCCGAGGAAGAGGUUGUCAGUGAUGACGAACAGAUUUUUAUUGUUAAACCUCUUCCUUGGAGGUCUGAAGAAUAUAAUAAGUACAUGGAAGAUCUUGAUUCAAAGUAUGAACGGAAUCAAUCUAGUCGCUCAAAGCGACAGAUGAUCAAGAGGGUAAAGGGUGACAUCCCUUCUAUCAGACCUAAACCGACUCAUGUGAAAGAGGGACAUGAGUGGGUAGUUAACUAAAUUAUAUCUUUUUCCCGGAUUUCUAUGUAGUGCAUAUAACAUAUGGAUAUUCCCUUUCAAUUUUUUUCUGAUAAUUCAUUGAUACAAAUAUCUUCAAAAGUAGGUUUGAUUUUUGGUUGAUAUCUAGGGGUUUAUUUAAUUUAUGAGAGUUGAUUUUAUAAUUAUUACUAUUGUUAAAAUUAUAAAAGACAUAGCCUCUUGAUCAUCUGUUGAGAAGGACUUUAUAUUUUAUGUUGACAAUGUUGGCAUGCUGCACACUUUUUCAUUUUUU